CAGGUCCAUUACCCCUGGAUCCGCCUAUGCUAAUUGUCCAUGAAGAUAAUGUGAUGUGGUUCUGGAUAGUAAUGCAGAGCUGUCACAUUUGAACAUAUACAGGGGAGCGAGGGGUCACGCCUAUGACCCGUAGCAAGAAAUUAAGAGACCCAGUAAGUUUCCAAAUGUCUUCAAACCCUGUGAUGUUGUGUCACUGCUGCAGGGAGCACAGAGGCCGUGGGGCCUCGAUGACACGGGUGAUGUUGAGAUGAGACAACUGAUCGCGCAGGGUUGGUUGGAAACAGUCGGAUGUGACAGUUAGUGAGAUCCGUGUGGGUGUUGAAGUUUGUCAGAUGCUGAAAAGUUCACGCUGAACGGAACCCAGACUCAGUCCACUGGUAGGUAGAGUUUCAGUUCAGCCACUUCCUGACAUCAGAGUGAGGGGAAGCAGCAAAGUUAGACACCAGGACACACAGAGAAAAAAAUAAUCAUAAGAAAAAAAUAAAUGGCCUCACUGCGGAUAAGUGUGCUUGUGCUGGCUGUUCUUAUCCUGCCCGUAUCCACCUCCACGGAUCGUUAUUAUGUGACUGACCCAAUCACCUGCUACAUUCUGGACGGGGUCCUGAUCAUUUACUGCAUUGCUGCCACUGCGUUAUACAUCAGGGAAAAGAUUAAAAAUCUGCCACCUUUGUAUGACACCGAACCUCAUAAAGAGGAUGCAGGCAUCUACCAGGACCUCAAUAGACCCAAAGAUGCUGAUCCUUACCAGGUGCUUCAAUCAAAAGGAAAAGCUGGCAAGAAAAAAAAAUCCAAGUCCAGAGAACCGAAGGAUAAAGAAAAGGACGCCUAUGAAACUUUGAUGCCCAUCAGUCCACCUCAGGCUCCACAGUGACGUCAUAAGCAGUCGUUUUUUUUAAUGCAACACACCGUCAUUCAGCUGCUAAAUAGCGCCCCCUAGAGCAUGGUUUCCUGCACAGUUUGAGGAGCCAAGCAGCUGUGAGCCUUUCUGAUAGUGGUUUUGUGCAUCUCCUUUAAAUAUUCUUCAACAUCCUGACAAAAGUGCAUCUUUACUGGCUUCUGUUUCAAGAAAAUUUCAUGGUGUUAUGUGAAAUAUUUCCACUUUACUGAAAAUAUCUCAAAGUAGGAUGACACCAUAGAAAAUGUGUAUUCAAUUCAACCAAAAAUUCAAAUAUCCAAACAGGAUGGGCUACAGUUUGUCAUCUUUCUGAAAUGCUCUUUUUUUCUGUUGCAGUGCUUACAAAAAAAAAACAAAAAAAAAACCUGUCAUCCCCCCCAUCCCUGCCCCAUUGUUCAUUUUCUAUUCAUGAUAUACAUUGUAACCAAACCUAGUCUCCCUUACGUUUGAAAUUUUGACUAAUCUAAUCCCAUAAAUUCUUAUUUAUGCUUCUUUUUUGUCAGGUGAAUGCCAAUAAAAUAAACUGCUUAUUAAAACACUUGGAAAAUGGUUUAAUGAUGUUUACAACAAAAGAGAACUGUACAGUUUACAGUAAAAGAUUAUAUUUUUGUGUAUAAAAACAAAAAUACAGCAGACAAAUGCAUAAAAAAAAAUCUACUAUGUAUCCUGAU